AUGGACAAUAACAGUAAUAAUAAUCGAACAUCAGCUACUGCUAAUUCGUCCUCAAAUACAAAUGCAAGUACGACAACAGCAAUAACAGCAACAACAACGAAUGCGUCUGGAUCAUCAGCUGCGUCAUCAACUGCUACAUCAUCGUCAAUACGACAAAGUCAUAAACGAACAUUUUCCGAAUCUGAUUCAUCGUCAAGAACAGAAAGACAUUUAUGUUCUUUUUCACAUCUAUGGAUUAUUAAUUAUCUUUCAUCGUAUAUCGAUGAUUCCAAUUCUACUUGUCUUCAAUCCGAAUCAUUUUCGCCUGUUAAUACACCUUAUUCAAAUACACGAUGGAGUUUAAAAUUAUAUCCACGUGGUUUAAAUGAAAAACAACAUGCAAAUAAUAAUAUCGCUAUAUUUCUCAAAUAUGUUAGUGGUACAAUGCCAACAAUAAAAGCAAAAGCUGAGUUCAGUGUUGUUAGUCGUAAUAAUGAACUUGUUAUGUUGCGUUCAACUAAUUUUCAUACAUUUUCUUCUGGAAACGAUUGGGGUUAUUCAGAAUUCCUUGAUGGCAACUAUUUAAAUUCUCGUCGGAAUGAUCUAAUAACCGAUGAUCGCCUUCGAGUUUAUGUUCGUGUUGUAUUAGUUGAUGAAAAAGAAACAACAACAGGUGAUUUAAUCCGUCAUGCACAUCAUCACCAUCAUCAUCAUCCAUCAUCAAUUCUACCCCCACCGCCACCACCUCCAUUACCAUCAUCUCAACAUCCAAAUCAACAACAACAAACAAGUACGACACCUAAAAUUCAAGCAUCAACAUCAUCGUCAUCAGCAUCUUCAUCAACAGCAACAUCAAUGAAUAAUUCAAAUCCAUCAAGCACAUCCACAACAUCAUCGACAAUGAUCUCUGGUUUAUUUUCAGAUGAUAAAGAGCGCUUCAAAUCAUUAGAAUUUCUCUCCAACCAAAUAAAAACACUUUUAGACGAUGAAAGGUUUGCUGAUGUACAUAUUCAUGUUAUUUCUAAACAAUCGAUAUCAAUUCAACCACAACCACAACAACAAACAAUUAUCAUUGAUGAUCAUAAAAAACCAAAUCGAACAAAACACCCAAGAUUAUCUUCAAAACAACAACAACAACAACAACAUCAUCCGUCGUGUUCAUCUUGUCAUUGUACAUCAGAGAAAAUAAAAUCUAGUAGCACAACUAACGAACAAAUAUCUGAUCAUCAUGAACAGUCAUCAUCAGUUCUUUGUAAAGAUUCUGAAUCUGACAUUUUCGAUUGUCGUCAUUCAACCAAUGUUUCAUCUCAAAAUUAUACAUCUUCUAGUUCAUCAUCCGUAACUCCAACAAUACGUCGAACAACUCGUUCAACAAGUUCUUUACUUUCACGUAUUGCUCAAAGUUCGACAUCAUCAUCAUCAGUGGAAUCAAAUUGUUCAACAUCAUUCAUUGAACCUUCAUCAUCAGACAUAUGUUCAUCAUCGUCUCUAUUAUCUUUAUCAUCAACUACAAAACGUUGUUCAUGUAUUUGUCAUUGUCAAGAUAAUACAGAACAAGAUAUUCAUUUAGAAAUUCAACAAUCUCAAUUGAAAUAUGCUAAUGUAACACCUUUAGCAACAUUUCAUGCUCAUAAAGCUGUAUUAAUGUCUCGUUCAUCAUCAUUUGCAACCCAAAUACGUCAUAGUACUAAUUACAAUAAAAUCGAUUCAAAAUUACCGUCGAUUGAUUUAUAUAUUGAUGAUCUUGAUCCAUUAACUGUUCGAAUAAUGCUGAUCUAUAUAUAUACAGGUCGUUUAGUAACAUCGAAUGAUGAUAUGAAAACAAAUAUCAAUGCUAUUGAUUUAUUUCGUGCUGCUGUUAAAUAUGAUUUACACGAAUUACGUCAGUUAGCCAAAUCUACUAUGUUAGAUGCCUUGAAAGUGGAUAAUGCUAUUGAAAUGCUUGAAGUUAGUGAUCAAGCUAAUGAUGUAUCACUUAAACAACAAGUUUUAGCCUUCAUACGUUCAAAUGCGUCAGCUGUAUCAAAAACAAAUAAUUGGCUACAAUUCACCAAACGUUAUCCACAUUUAGUUAUUGAUGCAUUUCGUUCACUUGUUACACCACCAUCAACAACAAAUACAAAACUUAAUAACAAUACGACGACUACUACUACUACUACUGCUAAUAACAAUAAUAAUAAUAAUACUUUUCAUUCAACAUCAUUAACUACAACAAGUAAACAAUUUUCAAAAUAUGAUUAA